CAUAGCACGCACAUGCUCUUUUAAGUACUCAAAUAUGUGACUGAGACAUCACAAGAAGUUUCCUACAUGAAUUCAUCGCUUAGAAUCAAUGAGGAUUUUACAAAUUUAAUUUGAGUAGCAGUCUUAUAAAAGCAUGUGAAUCACUUGAUGAGUUACAUUGGACCGAGCUUUGUACAUGCCGUAAGAAUCUUUAAAUAUAUAAUUAUGGAGACAGCAUUCAGAACAUAUAGCAACACAACAGCCAAUAUGGAAGUGCAUUCUCCUUUAUCAUCAAGUUAAUGCUCAGUGACAAUUUACGUCAAAUCCAUAAUAGGUAUCAGCAAUGGCAACCGAGUGCUGCUGGGCCAUUUUGUGUCGGAUGUGUAGUUCCAUGAUUGACAGGACCUGGCGAUACUGCUGUGGUCUUCCAUGUUGUAAUUGUGACUGUCCAUGCUGCUCAACAAAUCAAUGCCAAGAAAUGACAUGUCAAUUUCAUUGUUGUGAACCUGAGCUGGAUGAGGAUUACGAGCCUGGUAAUAUACAAGAGGUCAAGGCCACUGCAUCCCCUGUAACCUACACCUGUGAUGACCUUGACAGGGUUUGUAUGAUCUGCUGUAGAUACCUCUCCUGUGUUCCCUGUUGUGGGUUCAUAUGUAAGAAAUGUUCAAACAGCCAUUACUGUCCCAGCUGUCGCCAUAGCAACUGUUGCCUGGCAAAAGACGGGGACAUUUUGAAGGAGAUGGAGGUGUUGGGAAGUUCCAUACCUGGAGCAUAUAGAAAAAGUUCUUCUCCACAGAAAAUGAGUAAGGAUUCCCAUCUGUAUCCAAAAGAAUCCACAGGGAAAACCUGUCUGGUGUCUCCUGAUAAUAACUCUCUUCAUGGUAAUGAUUCCAAAACCAACAGUCUCCGGUCAAAGGCAGAAAGUGAUGAGGAAGAAAUGAAUCGAGAGGAUGGCCACUAUAAAUAUUCUAAUAGGGCCAAAAAGGAAAUCACUAUAUCAGCAAUAAUAGAACAGCCAAAUUCUAUAGCUUCGUGUGGUUCAUUGAACAGCAGAGAAACUGAAUGUUUUAACAGAACAACAGGUAAUGACAAGGAAGACAAAUUCAACCAAAACAAAACAAGAAAAUUAGCUAGAAGUAUGGACAGUAUAGAAUUUGAUGAGAUACUUGACUCAGAUUCUGAUGAUCUAAGUGGUUACUUUAGUAACAAAGCUACUUCAAAUAUCAAGGUUAAUUAUAGGGAUAAGUGUACCAACGGAAUGGAGAUCAUAGUCACAGAUUAUGACUAUGGGAAGAAAAGAACCGAUAGUAUAUCUUCUGAAUCUAGCAUUGAGAAUCAAGAGGCGGAAGAAAAUCAGGAAAUUGUUGAACAGGAAAUUCAUAGCUCAACGGAAAGUGAGGAUACACCAGGGGACCACCAAUACAAUGACGAUAUUUAUAAACCUGUUGUUGUGGAAAAGAGAAAUAUAUUGAUUACAAACUAUCGACAGACUUCCGUGUAAAUAAUGGGAUAUUUGAAUGUGCAGAUACCUACAUAAUUACAUUCUGAUCCUUUUUAGCACGUCAGCUUCAGAUUUUGUGCUCUAAAUGACAUUGUGAUAUAUUUAUUGCAUUGCUAGCCCAACAAAAUACUUAGCUUCUGAACGCUAAAUUUAUUAAAUAAGUUACCAGCUAAGUGGUGUUAAAUUGACCUGAUUAUCACAGAAGUGAAAAACACACAAAAAACAGAAAUCUGACAAAAACUUACAGCAGGGACAUGCUCCUCCAUCCCAAUAAGUCAAACCAGCCUCAUUUAUACAAUUAUGACUGUACGAUCCACCAGUGAGGUUUCAGACCAAAUUUGGUUAUAAUCCAUUUAUGCGUUAUGGAGGGGUAGUGUUUGAAAGCAAAAUUUCAGCUAAAUUACAUGUUUUGGACACCGCCCCUAUGUCCCAGGGAAUCAAACCUGUAGCCUCAUUUAUAUAAAGUAUGACUGCAUUCCCCCAAUGAUGUUUCAGACCAAGUAUGGUUCUAAUCUAUUAAUGAGGAGUAACAUUUUAAAGCAAUUUUUUAAGCGAAGUUCCCCUUUCAGUGCCCUGCCACUCAAGUUCUGUCCCCAGUCUAGUUUAUAUGAAUUAUGAUUUCCCUUACCCAAUGAUGUUUCAGACCAAAUUUGCUUGUAAUUCAUUAAGGCAUUAAGAAGAAUUAAUUUUUUAAAACAAAAUUUCAUUUAAGUUCCCAUGUUGGGGCCCAAGCCCUCUGUCCACAGGGGUGGAACUACCCUCAUUUACAUAAAUUAUGAAUUAUCUCUCCAAAUGAUGUUUCUGAUGAAAUUUGUUCAAAAACCACAUUGGGGUUAAGGAGGAGUAGCGAAUUGAAAGUAAACGUUUAUGCACAGCAAUGGACAAAACAUGAUGGCUAUAAGUCACUGUGACCCCUUGGGUCAUGACCAGAUGACCUGAUAAAUCUAUACGCUAAAUAUGUCCACUACUUCAGCCAUAAACAGUAAGUAAUUUAUCAUUAUCAAAUCAUACAUGUACAAAUUAAAUUUCCUUUAGAUAUUGUUUUCUGUAUACACCAAAACAAAAAUGUCUAUAUAGGAUCAAUGGUUUAUUGUUGAUACCUUGAAUCUACAUGAUUGUGUACAAAUAUGAUAAAGAUUACAGAUUUUCCAUUAUUUAUUUAAUAAAGUCAGAUAUUGAUAUUUGCA